CUGCGUGACAGAUACAGCCACUGGUGGCAGAAGUAAAUAAAGGGACCUUUUGCGAGGAAGCAGAGCCAACUGCCGUUGUUGCACGAUUGUCCUGAACAAGUUCAAAAGAUCCAUUGUCCUAGCAGGCCAAUGCACUGACCGGCAGCGUCAACCGGUAACCGUGAUCGUGAUCGUUCGGUGGCCCGCCACUGUUAGAAGCUGGAAGGGAAUAUCGUGCUGCCCUAGCCGAAAGUGGGGGCUACAGCUCGUGCUAACAGAUUGUAGCCAAACCGUGCCAAACCGAUGUGAUACAUCGCACCAGACGGUGGGUUUGGUUUUCUUUCUUUUCUCUUUUCUACGCCCGUAAAUAGCCGGCAUGGUUAUUUUCUAGCCGGUUUGUUCGCAAAGUACGCACCGGUUACGAAUUGUGCAUCCGCUAGCAGCAGCAUUCAACUUGUUCAUCAAUUCAACCACACACAUCAUAUCCGCGGGCAGCCAUGGAUUAUCGCGAUAUUUUGAACAUUGCCAAGCAAAACUCGGAAAAUGCCAAGGCAGCGAAGGAGAAACGCGGUUAUCCGGCCACCCUAACCCCACCGACAAAGGUCACCACGGAGAAGAAGAGUUUGUCGGAUAACAUAAAACGAUUCCUCGCCAAACGGGAGGAGGAAGAGCGGCAGAAGGCGAUGGAAAAGCAUCUCAAGGCACAGGAACUGAUGGCCAAGCGCGGUGGCAAGGGUAAGAAAAAGAUCGAAAAGAUGCUGAAGGUGAUCAAGUCGGCGAACAAGUCCGUGCUGGACGAUGCAAUCGAUGCGCAGGAAAGUGCGCUCGGAACCGAAAGUCUGGAGGACGAUUACGGCUACACGUCCGCGGUGGCAUCACAGUUUUACGCCAAGAUGAUGGACAAGUACAAGAACACGCCGACCGAGUCAAUGUUUUCCGAGGCGAAGAAGCGCAGCAUGUCGAGCGAAGAGUUGGCCCGCGUUAAAGCACGGGUACGGAACGGUAUCAUGAAGGAGCAGGAAGAGCAGCACGCACCGCGCACACGGAAAUCACGCACAUCGAAAGCGGAUGGCUGUGAUGAACGGGGCACUGUACCCGAGCUAACCCAAUCACCACCACCACCACCGGUAUCGUCGAGACGGGACGAUGCCGGCAAACAGUCAUCGUCAUCGAAAGGAAGCGCGAACGAGGAACGCAAACCGGUGGUACGCAAACCGAACGUACCGCCACCGCCCAACUUUUCCGACCUGCUCAAGAUCGCCGAAGCGAAACAGUUUGAACCGAUCAAGAUAGACGUGCCGUCGGUGAAGAAGCGCGAACAGGAACGGCCACUGACGAGCAAGGAGAAGAGGGAGUACGAGGAGCGGAAAGCAUUCCUGGAGAUGAAACGGCUGCGCGAUAAGGUGAAGGAGGACGAGAGUUUGUCCGAGCAGGAGAAGCAACGGAAGCUGGCCCGGUUGGAUGCGUUGCGUGCGGCCGGCAAGCUACCGGGAAUACCGCCCCUUCCGGCAACGGCCGGUUCCGGUUCGAAAGCAGCGUCCUCGAGAAGGCCCAGCUCACCGGUAGGAAGCAAUGCUCGCACACAAUUUAAAAUCCCUAAGCGAAACGCGGACGGGUCGUCGGCGGAAACGGCAAAAGUCACUACACCGCCACGCGCGGAGAAACCGGCUUCGGUUGCCCCGAAACCGACACCUUCAUCGGCACCGGAGCUGAGGGCGAAACCAUCGGCCGGACCCACGAAACCCACCGGCAGUGCGGCACAAAAGUCUACCGUGACGGCAUCGGUAUCGAAAUCCUCCACACCGCGCCCGAUUAGCAAACCAUCAUCCGCCGCCAAUACGCCAACUCCGUCGGUGCAAAAAUCAACGACCGCGGUAAACGGCAAAUCCUCCUCACAUACGCUUCCAAAAUCAGCCUCUUCCUCGGCGACGGCGAACGGGAAAUCGACCCCUAAACCGGUUGGCCCUGCACCGACGAAAGCGCCCGCUAACGGCAAACAACACCAGCAACCGGCAGCCAGUUUGCGACCUGCGUCGGCUGCACCGACCAAACGUCCCCUACCGGCACCGGCCACCCAAACCCGCCAAUUUCCACCGCCCGAUGUGCAGCGUACGGUGAAGCGCCGGGAUGUGGGUGGACGGCCCGCACCGAACAAGAAGCGGCGCGUGAUAGACAGCGACAGCGAGUACGACAGCGAGAUGGACGAUUUCAUCGACGACGAUGACUGCGAGGAGGACUACUCGUCCGCGAUCAAGGACAUCUUCGGGUACGACAAGUCCCGGUACAGGGAUGAGUACUACGAUGACGAUGACGAUAAUAUGGAGUCGUCGUACGCGCAGCAGAUGCGCGAAGAGUACAUCAGCAAGAAGAUCGGCCUGCUGGAGGAUCUGGAAGAUAUGCGCAUGGAGGAGGAGGAAAAGCGGCGCAAAUCGGGGAGCAAGAAGGGUGGCCCGGCGGGACCGAAGAAGAAGUAAGGCAGGGGGGGGGGGGUGGUUCGUAACUUCCCACCGUUUAUCCCGAGAUUAGGUGUGGCGCAGGGCAACCGGUUUCCGGUAUCGAGUGAUACGCCCUCUAGCGGGAAUGUUGGUCCACUGCGGCUGGAUUUCGAUGCAAACAGCGGUGCGUAAAGUUUAGUACCAGUUUUUUUUUUAAGUAUCCGUCGCACACACACACUCUGACACUGGAGAUGAUUUUUGAGGAACCAAUUCGACUCGAUCAGACGUAUUUAAUGUGUCGAAAGUAGUCACCGCGAAGGGAAUUUCGAAUCCCGAUUAGCCUGUUUUUUUAUUUGUCUUCCCUUUUUCGUAUCGUCAAGAUAGAUAAAAGAAAGGGAUACUUUCUAACACUUUGUUUUUAAUGUUUUUAAUAAUUUUUCUUUUGCUUGUUCCAACCUUCCUAGCGUUCCGGGCCAGUAAAAGUAAGACCCAAACCCGUACCCCGUGUGACUCCCAUUACACUGACAUGUAUCAGCGAAUCAGGAACAGCGAUCGUAGGGACCAAAGGAAGAAUUCUUUAACCGACUUGUUCCUCAAGAAAACCCUCUCCGUAAACGACAAUCGAUCCUCUGGUAAUGGAUGUUUUCCACCCCGUUCCAUUGUGUAGGUCGUAAGGCGCGAGGAAGGAUUAGUUAGCUAGGGCACCAAGUUCCUUUCCGUGCAAUUUACUGAAAAGCAUAAUCUCAAACAUAAUUUUUAUCCCGUUUGCAAUUAAUUAGAUAGUUGUUUUAGAAAACAAAUGGCUGAAUAUGAGAAACGCCUUCAGAAUACCACGCUUUACCGAAUUGUUGUACCGCCUUCAUUCGUUCGUCUCGAGCUACAGAGAAGAAAAAAAUUGCUCCAGUAACCAAUACUAGAGUAAAAUUGGGAGGAAUAUUUUUAUAACUUUUCGAAUUGCUUGUUAUGCAAAACAAAAAUUGGUUAAGAGAGAAUAGUCUCGUUAAGGGAGGAGGAGCGUUGACUACUACAACUGAUCUCUCGUAAUUCUCCUACUGGCAAUCGGUAGAAGCCCACGGGAAGGGAUUGGUUGGUGUUGGUUGGUCACAAUGAUUUCUCAAUGCUCAUAUGUUCUACAUUUUCCUUUCCUUAUAUUUAAAUACAUUUAAUUUACGCGCAAACGUGUGUGCGUGUGUGUGUGACGUUUUUGCAAGCAGCUGUGUGUGUGUGUGUUGAGAUUGCAUUUUUCUUUGCCGUUUUUUUCCCGAAAAAAAAAUGAACACCACACCGAGUGCUGUUUGUGUGUGUGUAUUAGAGUAGUUUUUCUUUAUUGUUACGUUUGCAAAACUUUAUUUACGUUUUUUUGCCAAGACAUUUAAUUUCAAUGACAUCGUAUAUUUGGAUAUGGAAAUAAGAAAUAAAAAAAAAAA